CGCGAGAUUAUACUUUCCAAAGAUUACGUAAAAGUUGGAACUAUAAGUUGGUGUUCCCGAUAUAUUCUUUUGUAUUCACGCACUGGUUUAUUCGACAGUCGAUCGUCAUGGCCCAGUUUCUUAAGUUAAUGCAAGGUGCAGCCACCGGCCAGAUCGUGGUGACAGACUGCCUGAAUUUCUGGGGUGGAUGCAGAGUCAAACCCAAGGAAGGGACACAUGCGGAGCCUGUCUACGAGCCUGCAACUGGGCGUAAGCUUUGUGACAUGUUUCCGUGUGGGAAAGAGGAGGUUGACCAGGCCAUCCAGAGUGCCCAUGCUGCCUACCUGAAGUGGAGCAAGAUGGCAGGCAUGGAGAGGUCACGUGUGAUGCUGGAGGCUGCUCGCAUCAUCAGGGAGAGAAGAGACAACAUAGCAAAGUUGGAGGUUAUCAACAAUGGGAAGUCUAUCACUGAGGCCCAGGUGGACAUCGAUGUUUCCUGGCAGACCAUAGAGUACUACGCUGGCAUGGCUGGCACACUUGCAGGUCAGCAUAUCCAGCUGCCUGGUGGAUCGUUUGCUUACACCAGACGGGAGCCACUGGGGGUGUGUGUGGGCAUCGGGGCCUGGAACUACCCCUUCCAGGUGGCUGUUUGGAAGUCUGCACCUGCCCUGGCCUGUGGUAAUGCCAUGGUGUUCAAGCCCUCUCCAUUCACCCCAGUGACUGCCGUGAUUUUGGCUGAGAUCUACAAAGAGGCUGGGGUACCUGAUGGUCUCUUCAAUGUGGUGCAGGGUGGCGCGGAAACCGGAGCCCUGCUCUGUAAUCACCCCAAUGUGGCCAAAGUGUCCUUCACUGGCAGUGUCCCAACGGGGAAGAAGGUAAUGGAAAUGUCUGCAAAGACUGUGAAGCAGGUGACUCUGGAGCUGGGGGGGAAGUCACCCCUCAUCAUCUUUAAAGACUGUGAACUGGACAAUGCGGUGAAGGGAGCACUCAUGGCUAACUUCCUGACUCAGGGACAGGUGUGCUGUAACGGUACGCGGGUGUACGUACAGAGGGAGAUCCUGCCUAAGUUCCUGGAGGAGGUUGUGAGGAAGACCAAGACCAUCCGAAUAGGUGAUCCCCUUCUGGAGACCACUCGCAUGGGGGCCCUGAUCACCAAGCAGCAACUGGACAAGGUGUUGGGUUUUGUCAGCCAGGCCAAGAAAGAGGGAGCUAAGGUACUUUGUGGAGGGGAUGCAUUCACCCCUGAUGACCCCAAACUGAAGGGGGGUUAUUUCAUGUCCCCCUGUGUCCUGGACAACUGUCGGGACGACAUGACUUGUGUCAAGGAGGAGAUAUUUGGGCCUGUGAUGUCAGUGCUACCCUUUGACACAGAAGAGGAAGUGCUAAUGAGGGCGAACAAUACGACCUUUGGCCUGGCCUCUGGUGUCUUCACCAGGGAUAUAUCCCGGGCACACCGGGUGGCUGAGAACCUGCAGGCUGGAACAUGCUUCAUCAACAACUACAACAUUAGCCCUGUGGAGGUCCCGUUUGGAGGGUACAAGCAGUCAGGUUUCGGCAAGGAGAAUGGCCAGGUGACCAUUGAGUACUACUCUCAGCUGAAAACUGUUGUUGUGGAGAUGGGAGACGUGGAUGAUUAUUUUAAUAAUUAAGUGCCAUGGAGAACCUACAACAGAGUUGGUGAAUUGUUGUGAAUUGAGGGUCACAUUGGUUUUUGAAAAUUCUGUGGGGGGACAAAUAUUCUUUUUGCGGGCCAGGAGAACAGUAGUUGUUGUAAAAUGUACAUGGCAACUUUAACAUUGUUUUCAUCCUGUUGAACAAUAAGGUGGUAGUUGGGUUUUGGGUUGGGGAACGCUCCGUGGACACUCUCACUUAUUUUUCUAAGUUAGACCCCAUCAUACUGACCAAAUGGGAGUAAACAUAACUAAAAUGUUGUUCUAGCCACUGAAAAGUCAGACCUAUCAAAUGAGAUAAAAAAAAAACAUUCCCUUUGUGGUUAUUUUUCAUUUU